UCGUGUCUCUGUGAGAGGGAGAAGAGAGCUGUAAACAGAAAAAACAACAACAGAAAACAAAGAGAAGAAGAAGAAGAAGAACAUCGAGAACAGCGAGAAGAGAUCAAGAGAAAAGUUUGAUUUUACAGAAAAGGAGUAAUAAUUUGAUUAAUUUUUGUAAUUAAUUAAAUUAUUAUUAGAUUAAAAGAUGUCUCUAGUGAGAAGAAGAACUUUACUGAAGGUCAUUGUUCUUGGAGAUAGUGGGGUGGGAAAGACAUCGUUGAUGAAUCAAUAUGUUCAUAAGAAAUUUAGUCAGCAAUAUAAAGCAACAAUAGGUGCUGAUUUUGUAACCAAAGAAGUGCAGCUUGAUGACAGGAUUGUAACACUUCAAAUAUGGGACACGGCUGGACAAGAAAGAUUUCAAAGUCUUGGUGUUGCGUUUUAUAGAGGGGCAGAUUGUUGUGUUCUAGUUUACGAUGUUAAUGUACAGAAAUCAUUUGAUAAUCUCAACAAUUGGCGCGAGGAGUUUCUUAAGCAGGCAAGCCCGGCUAAUCCUGACAAAUUCCCAUUCAUUUUACUUGGGAACAAGGUCGAUAUAGAUGGAGGAAACAGCCGAGUGGUUUCUGAAAAGAAGGCUAAGGAGUGGAGCUCAUCCAGAGGUGACAUUCCCUACUUCGAGACCUCAGCUAAAGAGGAUCAGAACGUGGAUGUUGCAUUUCAAUGUGUUGCAAAGACUUCACUUGCCAAUGACCAACUGCAGGAUAUAUACUUCAAUCCCAUCCCAGAUGAAGUCCCAAUCGAGCGAAGUGGAGGUGGGGGCUGCGCUUGUUAGUAAAAUAGUUCUGGUUUUGUUUCUCAGAGUGGACAACCUAAGCUAUAUAGCCAACAGACUUUUGGAACUCUUUUCGUUUGCCUGAUCCAUAUCUUUGUUCUUUUUCUAUUGUCAUUCCUACCAUUUUUUGUGCCUAUUACCACUUCUGUAUACUAAACCUCUCGGCGCGGAGAAAUUUAGUGAUGUUCUUCUUUCUUAUUUUGUUGGGUCUGCUACUGCUUGUAAAAACAUCAUCCCUUUUUAUCCGAAGAUGGUGAUUAACUUGAAGAUUCCUAGGUAGAAGCAACCUAUUUGGUGGUGAGUUAUGGAUUGAUGCUGCGAAUAUUUUGGGGUUUAUUCCUGGCAAACUUGGUCAGUGAUAUUUGUAAUGUUAUUAAGAGCCUAAAAACUGAUCUGUGAUGUUAUUUAAAGCCUCAAUAUUGAACUGUAUUCUAUUCU